AUGAGCUCGCGCCCUAACACUUCUUUUCUAGACGAUCGUGGAUAUGAGCGUCGCGACCGAUCAGCUUCACCACGUGGUGAUCGAGAUGAUCGCAACCGCAGCCGAUCUCCCAAUGGUCGUGACAGAGUGCCACCACCUCCUUCCGACACCCGAAUGAAAGAUAUCGACGAAGAAGGCGCACAGAACACUGGCUCCAACCUCUUCGUCACCGGAAUUCACCCUCGUCUAACCGAAAGUGAUGUUUCUCGCCUCUUCGAGAAAUACGGCGAGGUCGAGAACUGCUCUAUCAUGCUUGACCCUCACACUAAAGAGUCUCGUGGGUUUGGAUUCGUCAAGAUGGUCACAACCGAUCAGGCUGAGGCUGCCAAGGAAGGCUUGCAGGGUGAGGUUAUCGAAGGCCGCACUCUCAGCAUCGAGAAGGCUCGACGCGCGCGGCCUCGUAGCCCCACACCAGGCAAAUACUUCGGCCCACCCAAACGUGGAGGGACAUUCGGACGUGGCCCACCACGAGGUGGUGGCUACCGUGAGCGCUACGACGACCGACGAGGAGGUUACCCACCCCGUCGUGACGACUAUCGUGGCGGUUCUCGCUAUGACGACUAUGAGCGUCGCGGCUACGGUGAAGAUUACGAGCGCCGUGGCUAUGGUGGUGGUGGUGGCGGCGGCGGCGGCGGCAGACGUGAUAGAGACGACAGCUAUGGCGGCCGCAAUAUCGAUCGCUACGAGAGCAGACGUGACGAUACCUACGGCGGACGUGGUGGCGGCGGUGGUGGCAGCGCUUCUGGCGGCGAACGACGUGGCUACUAUGACCGCAGUGACGAUCGCGGUUACCCUCCUCCUGCACGUGAAGAAGCAGCUCCUCGUGAGUAUGCUGGUGGUCGAGACUACAACCGUGAAGACCGCUACGCCAGCCGGUAA